AUGUUAGCGUUAUAUGAAGAAGAAAUCAAUGAAACGAAAAAAUUUUCCCUUCGGUAUGAUAAUCCAACGCAAACGUAUUAUGUUUUUUAUUAUGGAACAGAUGCAUCACUAUCGGAUUUAAUAUUAUCGUAUGAUCUUCAUAGCAAACAAUGGAAUGUCGAUACUAGUGAACAUAAAACGUUAUUUGGAAAAAGUCUAAAUGAUUUCUUUUAUGAUACAAAUUUGUCAUUCGAAGAACAAGUGCGAUAUAUUAUUAAUUAUCUUGAUAAUUAUUUUAUUUAUCAAUCGAAGCUACGCAAUACGGCGAAAGAUACAGAUCAUCAUAAUACGUAUACUUCAUCUUGGUUACAACAUUUACGUGGUAUGCGCCGUUGGGCUAGUCAAGAUACGGUUAAAGAACCAGCAGCAGUAUUACAACGAUAUUCAGCACCUGAACAAUCUACGUCUAUCAACAAUAAUGUAGAAAUUAUAUCAGUAAAAGCAUUAGCUGAAUCGUAUUAUACAAAUGAUUUUAAUCGAAAUCGUACAAAAACAAUUACUACUCCAUUACAACAUUCAAGUGAACUUAAUCAAAAGCAAAAAACGAAUAAACCGUCACCGAUAACAGAACUUUGGCUAAAUGCGACGACAAAACAAACAAGUGAUUUUCAAAAGAAAAUUGGCAAUCAUAUUGAAGAAGAAAAGCUAAAAAGUUUAACAGAAAAAUUCAUUACAUAUUUUGGUGGUACAUUUCAAUGUAAUGUUGGGCAGCAGUAUCAACUUGCGUUUGACAAUCAAACAUGGUAUUUCACGGUAAUUAAAGUUGAAUUUUUGAAAAUGAAAAAUUUCGAGAAUAGGCAACUUCCAAAAACAAAAAUCGUUCUUGUUGUUGAUGGCAUACCACAUUAUGUUCGAGGUUAA